AAAGCCCUCCUCUCCCCUCUCCCUCGCGGCCUCGCCUUAUCCCCUCCGUCACUCACCUCGACCACCGCCAUGGCCAUGGCCAUGGCCUUGGCCUCCGCGACCGCCGCCGCACUCUUCCGCUCCGCCCUGUCCGCGCCACACGGCGCCGGCGCGCGCGUCCGGCCGCAGCGCCGGCAGCCGUUCUUGGCUCCGCUCCACGCGGCGAAGGGCCCCGGCUCGGCGCCGGUGGUGCUGGAGGGCAAGGCCAAGGGAAAGAAGAAGAAGGGGCCCAGCUCCGGGAACCUUCCCGCAGCCCUCGACGUCGAGAUCAGGGAGGCGCAGGAGUACCUCGACAGCGACCAGCAGGAACCUGUUCCAGACAACUUCCCAUUUGAAUUAAUCGACGAAGAGGGCAUGAGCGUGGUUAUUUUGAGAAGGGACUACAAGGACGAGAAGGUCGAGGUUACUGUCAGCAUGCCUAAUUUAGAAGGAGGCCCCGAGUUUGGUGAUGAGGAUGGCGAGGGCGAUGGUGAGAGCGCUGUCAAGGACGACGGAGAAGCAGAAGAAGAUGACGAGAGUGCCGGGGAUAGCAGCAUCUCUCUUAAGGUGGUAGUUUCCAAAGACUCUGGCCCAAAGCUCGAGUUCACAUGCACAGCCUUCCGCGAGGAGAUCACCAUCGAUGAUAUGCUGAUAGUUGAGAAAACAGACGACGACGACGGAGAAGAGAAGUUCCCCUACGAGGGCCCCGAGUUCACCGAGCUCCCUGUGAAUGUUCAGAAAGGCCUGUUCAAGUACCUGGAGCAAAGAGGGGUAACGCUGUCGGCUACCAACUAUAUGCACGAUUACAUGGUGACUAAGCAGGCUCAGGAGUACAUCCGGUGGAUGACUAAGCUGAAGGAUUUCGUGACGCAGUGAGGAACAGCGUCGUGAUUCGGCAGCAUUGUUUGGUUAGCCUAGCCUUAGCAUGUGUUACAGCCUUACAGGAACACUACGACUACACCGAAUUGGCCACACUCCCCAAAAAACAAAAAAGGGGGAGCAUUGUAUCUGCUUCAAUGUAUCUGUAUCAGCUGGCAAAACAGUAGCAAGUAGAUUUCCAGUAAUGUUUAGUGGUGGGCAUUAGGUA